AUGCUUUCCAGACUAAUUUUAGGUAGUGCGAACACUUUACGCGCUGUUAUUAUAACGUAUAUUGGAUUGUAUUUCGUUUACAAGUGGGGUAGUAAAAAGAGAAGGGCCGCUUUGGAAGCUGCAAAGAAACGGGAGCAGGAGAAUAUUGUCCGAGACGCAAUGGCACGAUCUGGUUUAUUGUAG